AUGACUAGCCGACAAAAGUUGGGAGGCGGAGAGUUCAAGGAUGAAGAGGAGCCAUUUCUGCUGCAGGAGGAACUGCCAGAUAGUCUUCGCAAGCUGAAGCCACAAGGCCAUGUACUGAAUGAUCGACUAGCAAGCUUGCAAAAGAGAAAUAUUCUGCCAAUUGGUGGAUCCAAGAAUAAGAAUAAGUUGAAGACGAAAUUGAAGCGUAAGUUCGUCGAGAAACGAUUAGUACAAGACGUCAAGAAAGGAAGCCGCGUCAUGUGA